AUGGAGUCAAUCUCGCGCAUCAGCUCCAUGCUGGAGACUGCACGCGACUUGACUCUCGAAGCUGCCAAAGAUGUCGGGCCGCGCAAAUCGACUCGACCGCUGCCGGCGGCCCAGAUCAAGAAGAUGUUGGAUAGUAGGAAUGAGAGAGAUGUGCUGGAUGGAUUGCGCAGAGUUGUAGCGAUGCAAUAUGCCAAUCCUCCACAACCUACUUUGACCUUCUUCCCGGCCGUCCUGAAGACUCUGUCGAAUCCGUAUCCUUCUACGAGACCAUUGGUAUAUAACUACCUCAUUCACCAUGCCGAAGCCGACCCCGAUACCGCUCUUCUAUCAAUCAACACGAUACAGAAAUCAUUGUCGGAUUCGAAUCCACGAGUAAGAGCUAUGGCUUUGAAGACUAUGUCUGGGAUCAGAGUUCCCGUGAUAUCGCAGAUUGUGAGCUUGGCUAUCAAGAAGGGUGUUAGCGAUUUGUCGCCGUUGGUACGGAAAGCUGCUGCGCUGGCCUGCGUGAAAUGCGUAAGAUUGGACGCGACAACACGGCCACAGGUGGAGGACUAUAUCGAGGCCCUUCUAGCUGAUAAGCAAUACUACGUUGCCGGAGCUGCGGUCCAAGCGUUCACGGAGGUCUGCCCGGAUCGAUUCGACAUGAUACAUCCAGUAUAUCGACGUCUUUGCAAGAUGACCGUCGACAUGGAUGAGUGGGGUCAGCUGGCUCUGAUGAAGCUUCUGACUGUAUACUCAAGGAAGUGCUUCCCGCGAAGGACGAAACGAGUGAAACGUGUUGCUACCCAGGAGCAGCGAGCCAAGGACUUUUACGAAGACUUGGAGCCGGAACAUGAGACUGAGGACGCCUACGAGGAAAUCGAAUUCAUCGAUCCAGAUCUUGACUUGUUUCUGAAAUCCAUACAACCUCUACUCUCGAGCCGCAACUCCGCAGUCAUUGUCGCUGUCACGAGGGCGUACCUGUACCUCUCCCCAACGAAAUAUCUCCACCAUGCUAUUGGGCCGUUGAUCGCCCUUCUUCGAGCGCCACACGACAUCAAGCAAGUGGCUUUAUACAACAUCGUUCAGGUCUGUCUGAUACAGCCAGCGCAUUUCACUUUUUACUUCCGCCACUUCCUGAUCCACUCUACUGAGGGACCCAAUGUCUGGCGACUGAAGCUGGAAAUAUUGACGCUGAUCUUCCCAUACAGUGGGAAAGAGGUUCAGAACCUCAUUCUUGCGGAGCUUGAACACUUCUCGAAGGGGCAUGAUGCUCAGCUGGUUCGAGAAAGCGUGCGCGCCAUCGGCCGAUGCGCUCAGUCUUCGAGCUCUUCGACAUCGAGAAGAUGUUUGUCCCUACUGCUCAAGCAGAUCCACAGCUCUGACUCCAAUCUCGUCGGCGAGGCGAUGGAAGUCAUCCGGCAUCUAAUCCAACGCUCUCCCGACGAACAUCGCAAGACAGUCAUUCGAUUGGCGAAGAACUUGGACUCUCUGACUUCAUCCACAGCGCGCGCAAGCAUCGUCUGGCUCGUAGGUGAAUUUGCAGGCUACGAUCCGGAGAACAACAUCGCCGCGGACGUGCUAAGAAUCCUGGUGAAAGGAUAUGCAGACGAGAGCGACGAAGUGCGGGCGCAAAUUAUCUUGCUCGGCGCGAGAGUCUACCUCCAUCACUUAAAUGCCAAGAACUCGAAGCGAAAGGCCUUAGACGCUCUGGUCUCGGACCAAACAUCUCAGCAGAACUCCAGCACAGUCCUCUCUCCAAGCGGCGAGGAAGAAGAGGGCGGUUUCGGCAAAGACGCAUUGGCUCAAAGCCAAGCUCCGCCCGAAGAAGAGCAAGAAGAGCAGCACGUCAUCGACCUCCUAUACCAACACAUCAUGCUCCUCGCCCGCUACACCCCCUCGUACGACCUCCGCGAUCGUGCUCGUCUCUUCCGCUCCCUACUCGCCAUCCAGUCGAGCACCGAACUCGCCUCCUUACUCCUCCUCGCACCCAAACCCGUCCCACAGGCCCCGUCACCGAGCGAAGCGCGCAAGAACCUCACUCUCGGCUCUACAAGCCUGGUCGUUGGCGAGGGGCCUCUGAGGGGAUACGAGGCGAUUCCGGACUGGGUCGAGGAGGGACGAGAGCCAGAUCCGAAGUUGAGGGAUGAUGGUGGACGGGAGGAGUACAUCGCAGGUGGGAAUAAGAGUGUCAACGCGGCUGCUGGGGGGAGACUUGAUGAGGCGUUGGCGAGUGAUCCUGGAUAUAGACCUGAGGCUAGCGGUGCGCCGAGGAAAGAGAAGACGUUGGAUGCUUGGUUGGAUGAAGAAGAGGAUGAGGAGGAGAGUGAGGAGACGGAGAGUGAGGAGGAAGAGGAGACUGAUGAUGAGGAAGAAGAGAGCGAGUAUGAGACGGAUAGUGAGGAGGAUGAGAGGGCUGGGCUGGUGAAGUAG